ACAAUGCCAUUAUUUGUAAACAUUUUAAGCAUGUAUAAACAUAAUUACAAUUCAGAAGCAAUUAUGUCAUUCAUAGUAAUUUACAAAACACAUAUAAACAUUUAUAAUGGCUUAUUCAUGAAAGUUAUUGUAAAGGCUAAUCAAGUUCUGUACAGCAGGUUACCUAUAGACAGUCCAUUGAACUAGUAUUCGUUUGAAGUAGUUUUUACAAUACUACUAUUGUAUGACUUUUAUAAUGACCUUGUUGUUUAUUCAGAAAUGUUUACAAAUCUGUACCAAGAAUCAACAACAUUCUAUUAAAUUAAGGAAGCCACACCAUAUAAUGAAUUUAAAGAAUCGUUGUACAGCUUCCAUCAAGUAUGUGAAACAUUGCAGUGUCUCUUUAAAAAAAAAAGUGGGAGUGUGAAAGAUGGCUCGUGAAAGAGCUGGAGAGAUCAAUAGAAGGCACUAGAAACAACCAUCUAAGAAAGAGCACAAUGUAUUUUGACUGAAAAUGAAUUGGAAUAUAUAAUAAAUAUCUAGCUGAUUAGUAUCGUCAUAGGGGAAAUGUGCCUUGGAUGGAUCUCUGUUUGAUUUACAUUGUUUCACAGAUCACCUAACAUUUCAUGUCAUCAUGGGAAUACAAGAAAAGGAAUACGGCCCAUAAUCUUUUUUAUUUGAUUUUGAGUUUGGGAGGAAUGCAACAAUCUCUCUUUAUAAUUUCCCUCCUCUUCUUUUUGCCCUGAUUGUAUGUUAUAGGCGUUGUAUAUUUCACCCUAUCCCACCGGAUCCAUUUGGUUCCUCCUCCUCAGGAAGUGGAGACGCCAGAGACGAGGACUACCUUCAGCUGCUGCCUUCCUGGCGGGGCCCGCUAUCACUCUGCGAUGCCCUGUUCAUUUCUAGCGAGGAGCUGCAGGCAGUAAGCGAGGGACCACGCAGGGGAAGGAUGCAUUUAAAGCAGGAUGUGUGCUGGAUGCUGGGAGACACGGCAGCGAUAGCAGCAGCAACAGCGAGCAUAGAGGGCCUGGGAAGCGCCCACCCCCUCUCUCUCCUCCUUUUCCUCCCCCCCUGCAGGACCAUGCUUGCGUGAGGGAUGAGGCUGUGCACAGGGACGCCAGGCCAGAGCUGCGGCCUACUUCUUCUCACAAGAGCCGGGCUCUCGACUGCAAGAUCUGUGAAUGCUUUGCCACCAUCAAAUCAUCAGCAUCUUUGGCCUUCUUGCUUUUCACCCCUGACCGUUCUCUCUGUGGCCUCCGACCCCUGACCCCUGUGUCCAGGUCACCAGGUAGAUCCAGGAGCAUGAGCAGGACUCUGAGCUGCGGGAGCAGAUGUCUGGUUAUAAGCGCAUGCGGCGGCAGCACCAGAAGCAGCUGAUCGCCCUGGAGAACAGGCUGAAGGCGGAGAUGGAUGAGCUUAGGCUCCGGUUGCAGAAAGAAGUGGAGACCCACGCCAACAACACUUACAUAGAACUGGAGAGACUGGCCAAACGGCACGCCGUUCACACAGACAAAGAGUUAAAGGCAGCUACAGCAGAGGAGAAGAGGAUCCAACAACAGCUCAUUGCCCAGCAAAAGAAGGAGCUGACCACCUUCUUAGACAACCAGAAGAGAGAGUACAGGCUCUGUAAAGAGAAGAUCAAAGAGGAGAUGAAUGAGGACCCCAGUACACCCAAGGAGGAGAAGCAGGAGCGUCUGUCCAGGCACAAGGAGACGGUGCAGCGCUCACAGGCUGAUGAUGAGGCCCAUCUCCUUGACCAGCAGAGGCUGGUCUAUGACAGGAGUUGCCGGGCCAUGAAACGCAGGACACUAGUCAGGAGGCACGAGUUUGAACACGAGCAAAUGAGAGAGGAGCUGAAUAAGAAGAAGACCCAGAAGGAGAUGGAGCAGGCCCUGAUGAUUCGACAGGAUGAGUCCACUCAGGAGCUGGAGCGCAGGCAGCUGCAGACACUGCAGAGGCUCCGUGUUGAGCUGAUCCGCCUGCAGCACCAGACCGAGUUGGAGAACCAGGAGGAGUACAACGGCCGGCGGCAGAGAGAGCUGCACAGGAAGCACGCCCUAGAGCAGAGGCAGCAGCCCCGGAACCUCAAGAUGUUGGAGAUGCAGAUCAAGAAACAGUUCCAGGACACGUGUAAGGUGCAGAACAAGCAGUACAAAUCCCUGAGGAACCAUCAGCUUGAGGUCUCUCCUAAGAGUGAGCACAAAGCCAUCCUAAAGUCACUGAAGGAGGAGCAGACACGCAAACUCGCCGUGCUGGCCGAGCAGUACGAGCAGAGCAUCAACGAGAUGAUGGCCUCACAAGCGAUGCGUCUGGAGGAGGAGCAGCAAGGAGAGUGCCAGGCAUUGAAGCAGCAGCUGCAGCAGGAGAUGGAGCUCCUGGAUGCCUACCAGAACAAGACCAAGGCCCAGACAGAAGCCCAACACGAGCGGGAGCUGCAGAAGCUGGAGCAGGAAGUCUCCUUACGCAGGGCCCACCUGGAACAAAAGAUUGAAGAGGAGCUGGCCUCACUUCAGAAGGAACGCACUGAAAGGAUCAAGCACCUGUUUGAACGGCAAGAAAGGGAGAUGGACGCUUUCGAUGCAGAGAGCGCUAAGCUGGGGUUUGGGAGCUUAGGAUCACUGGACUUCCCCAAGGAGGACGACAGAUGAAAAUGGAUGUGUGUGUGGAGGACUCUUUGCUUCUGGUGUAUGGUGUAGACACGUGCUUGACCAUCGUCAACCUCCACAGUGACAAUGCUGGAUAACUCUCUUUAUCUCUCUCUAGUCUUUUAGAUACCACAUCACAGCAUAGUGCUGUCAUGUGCCCGGGGAACUACUUUUGUGCAAUUUAAAAAGGGGGAAAAUAAAACAAGAUGAAUUCAAAACACAAGACUAAAUAAAGCAAGACAAACCAAGAAACUAAUGCUUAUCAAAAAUAAGAACUGACUCUUUCCUCCAUGCCGUCACAGCUCCUUUUGGUAUAAAAUUCAGGAAAUUUGAGUAAAAAUGAGCACUUUGAUAUGUUUAAGUAUUAACCAUGUUCAUAUAAUGCUUAAUGCGUAUGUCACAUGGAGAGGCAUUGUGGAAUGUGAGCUGCGGACUCCACCGUGAUGUUUAGCUGCUUCAUCUUUCUACUCAGAGAAUGUGAAUAAUACUGGAUGUGAAUACUGUGAGCUAAAAAGAGGGUAUGGGGACGGUGUCAGAUGUAUGUACGCAGUUUUAUGGAGAGCUUUUACUUAAUUCCAUAUUGAGCUAAAGACUAUAGUCCUUCACUUUUUUAAACAAUUACGAUAUUUAUGUUCCAUUGUUCAGUAUUUAGGAUUUAUUGGCAUCAGUUUGAUCAAGGUGUGUAUUUUAUCACAAUGAUUCAACUCAGUAAAACUGCUUAUUGUUGCAUGCACUUUAAAGACACAUUCAGGUUGUGAAGUAAAGCAUGAAUCUGUCAAGAGAUUUUAGCCGUUUGUAAAUAAGUGGUCAUAGCAUUUUUGUUUUAAUGCCUAUUGAUACUGAACAUAAGCGCCAUAUUAGAUAUGACAAUUUCACAAAUGCCUUUAUUUAAGUUGUGCCUAUGAAGCGGUUUUCAUUUGUCGUUCUUUCAUGUUUGUUUAGCACGGCCAACACCAUUGUUUGUUCCAUUCCAAUUUGUGAAUAAUUUAAUGUUCACUAAUCAAAGGUAUUGUAAAGGAAAUGGUGAGAAUUGUGCUGUAUAACUUUUGAUAUAAAUAUUUGUAUUUGAGAACCUAACUAGGAGAUACAGACGAUUUGGUCGAUUACUUGAUGAAGGAACUUCACAUUAUAAUUUGGAAUGUUUUUUUUUUGUCACAAAUAAAACUGACACGGUAAUACAGUAGAUCAACAUACUGAAAACGAAUCACUGCAGACUUAUCAGAUUGUAUAAAAACAGUUUAAUGGUAUCACAGAAUUACUGUAGUCAAGUCAUAGCUGUUUAGCUACCAGAUGUACAAUGUUUUGCAGUGUUCACGGUUGUUAUUGCACAUAAGGUUGCACAAUGUGUCCAUUACAGUGACUUGAUUUCUACUAUCACCAUCAGCCUUUGUGAUCCUGUGACACAGACAGAAGACCAGAUUGAAUGUCUGUCUAUGGAUGUUACAAACUAUUUCAAAGUGUCCAGGGUGAACAGUUUCAAAAGAUUUCUUGAAUGCAACCCUGGUAUUUUGACAGUUGCCUCCAAACUCUCCUGUUCCCUAUACAUUGAUAAGUGAUGGAAAUCAUGCUCUUCAUAGUGGUGGGCUGGGCAAGUGAGAUUGAGAAUGGUAUAAUAUCUGACACAAAUGCAAGAGAACUAACUAUGGAAUUCGAAAUACAUGAAUAAACAACUAAUAUUUUCAAUGUGAACAACCCAGUAUGGCAUUGUUGAUACCCCCAGACUUAUGGCUCCUUGCAAGAAUUCAAGUGUCAAAGUUAUUUAGUAGGCCUCAUUUUUGGAAUGAUUUGCUGUAAAUGACUCCUUUGAAAGCAACAUAUUUUGAGUUUGGAAGGUUUUUCAGAUUGUAACUUUUGUUGACAAAUGGUUAAGAUCCAUAUGCUAUUUUCUCUGGGUUGGUUGAAAAUGGUUUAAACCUGUUAUGAACCAAAGUGUUUAUGUGGACUUCAGUUAUAAAGAAAUAUGUAUUUAGCUAGAAUAAAGGGGACUUUCCUAAACUAAGCCAUGCAGCAUUUCCUGUGUGGCACAGACAAAAUAAAAGAGAUUCUCUUGAAACAUGA